GAAUGGAAGUGGGUUGUUAGACUAGUACAUUCCACUAAAAAAGAAUGCUUUUCAUUAUUCUCGUAGGUUAAUAACCUAAAAUGUCUUCAGACAGCGAAUUAGAUGAAUUCUACGAUGCUGAGGAUGCGACCCCAAGACCAAUUCUUGGCAAGAAUAUUCCUCAUACCACAGCCUCUCAGUCCAGAAACAGUCUAGAAGAACAAGAAAGAAAGCUGAUUGAAUUUAAAAGAAAACAGGAAGAAAGGAGAAGACAGGAAGAUGAAGAAUACAGACAACUGCUGCUGGAACUGGAAGAAAAAAGAAAACUGGAAAAGAAACAGGAGGAGGAAAAGAAGUUACAAGAAGCAGAAAAACGACGAAGGAAAUUAGAGAACAUGAGACAAAAAAUCUCCAAUGAAAAUGUAAGCACAGAGGGUGACUCAGACUUAGGAGAAGACGAGUCCGACAAAUCAACUCAAGAUUAUGAUUCUGACUCGUCCAAUGAAGCUCAAGACUCGACUGAGGAUUUUGUAGAUUCCUACAACCCAUCAGAAGUCACUAAGCGAUUAACUUUUAGUGAAAACAUGGACUCUUCUCAUCCAACCAAAGCCAAAAUGGAAAAGGAGAUUCCAGAUCUUGAUGUGGAUGAACUUUUAUCUGAUUCAGAUGAUAUUGUGGAUAAAUUGUUACAAGACAAUCAGGUUUGUAGUGGCAGCAAUGAGCCUGACAUUGUACGCAGCACCAGGACACCUCCUAACACUCUGACAUCACUUCCUCCCUCUGUAAUGGACCAAUUAGCUUCAGCUUCCCAGAAUUCCCACUCACUUUCACUUCCUCCACCAGGGCAGUCUACUGAACCUAGAGCCCCUCCCCGUAGACGGAGGAGGGAACAUGAGCAUCCCCAAGAGGAGCUUUCAAGUGAAGCUAGCACACCUGACUGGGAUAACAGGGAAUCUGUGCCCCUCCCCUCUCAGUCCCCAGACAGUGGGCCUGCGUUGGAUAACUUCCUGGAUAUAAGAGACUGUUUAGGAGGCCGGCGACACAUCCGAAUGGAGGAUGCUGAGUUACAUGCGGUAAAUUCUGAUCAGUCUCAUCCGAGAUCUGCAACAGGAAGUAGUAGAUCCAGCUCACUUGGGAGAUCUGAGUCGCGCUCAAAAUCAGGAGGUCAGAGGCAAUCAAUGAGUGCACCAAUACAGGGAAGAAAAACAGCUUCUCUGGGAAGAGCAGAUGGAAGAACUGGUUCUCAGUGGAGAAGUGAUAGCAAGUCUACAUCAGGGUCAUUGGGACAAAGUGAAAGUAAGUCAGGAUCUAGUUCAUUGGGGCGAAGUGAAAGUAAAUCACACAAGAAUGACGAGGGACAGUAUCAAAGUAAGAAAUCUUCUAGUCUGCCUCGAAAAAGUUCCAAUGUUUCAAGAAAGUCAGUAGAAAGGGAACGUAGGAAAUCGGGAGAUCGGGACAAGAAAUCGUCAAAAGAAUCAUCUCGCUGUUCAUCACCCAACACAGAGGAGCCCGAGGAGCAACAGCCAACAGCUCCAAGGCCACGCUCAAACUCGGGAAGGACGUUAACUGAUGAGGAAAUCCUGGAAGGGGUGUUGGUUCUGAAUCUGGACACGGGGGAGAAGGUUCCACUAAGUAUAGCUGAGGAUAAAAUCCCCAAGUGUAUCAACCCUCUGACUUUACACAUCAUGAAACUCACCAAGGAAAUGGAUGGGGAGGGUAAGGAUUUACAUGAGGAGAGGGCACACGGGGGAGAGGACAGUAAAUCUCUGGAGGAGGAGACAGGGGUCAGAAAGAAGGGACUAAAGCUGAAGAAAUUCUUGGAGAAGAAAAUGAAGAAAAAUGUUGACAAACUCAAAACUGCUGCAGAUCAGGUGAUACAUGGAGAUGAAACAGGCAUUGAAGAAGAGGUCAAUGUGGACGGGAAAAUCUUUAAGCUGAAAGCUCAUCAUAAAGGCACUAAGGAAUUUAAUCAACUCAAGAUGUUACAGGACAUGAGUGGUGUUCACACGGAAGUGGACGAUGAUCUAGACUGUACAAUGACUGAAGCAGGUGCUGUGUGGACCAUGAAGUUUUCACCCUGUGGGAAACUCCUAGCGACUGGAGGACAAGAUAACAUGUUGAGGAUCUGGGUCCUCAAGGCUGCCUAUCCUCACUUUGAUGACAUGAGGACAAAGUAUGCUGAUGUUCGCGUGUCCCCAGCUCCUUCACAUGAAAGCCUCAACUCUAUUGUGUCAGAAAAUUCAGUGGGAGAUUUUCUUACACAGGCCCAGAUGACAUCAGAUGAGGAUAAGGAUGCCCCCUUUAUGUCCCGCCCUCUUUGUGUUUACCGGGGUCACGUAUCAGAUGUGUUAGAUGUCUCCUGGUCUAAAAAUUACUUCAUCUUGUCCUCAUCAAUGGAUAAAACCGUGCGACUGUGGCACAUUUCACGGAGAGAGUGUCUUUGUAUAUUCCAGCAUAUAGACUUUGUCACUGCCAUAGUGUUCCAUCCAAAGGACGAUAGGUACUUUUUAAGUGGUUCAUUAGAUGGUAAGUUACGACUCUGGAAUAUCCCCGAGAAGAAAGUUACGAUGUGGAACGAAGUGUCCAGUCUCAUCACGACAGCCAAUUUCUGUCACAACGGCAAGUUUGCAGUCGCCGGAACUUAUGAUGGAAAAUGUAUAUUCUACACCACAGAGCAAUUAAAAUACUACACUCAGAUCCAUGUGAGAUCAACUAGAGGUAAAAAUGCCAAAGGAAGCAAAAUCACAGGUGUGGAGCCAUUACCUGGUGAAGAUAAGAUAUUGGUGACCUCUAAUGACUCCAGAAUAAGAUUAUAUGACCUUAGAGAUUUGACCUUGACCUGUAAAUACAAGGGUUGCACUAAUAACAGUAGUCAGAUCAAGGCCAGCUUUAGUCCAAAGUCUAAAUACCUGAUAUGUGGUUCUGAGGACCACUUUGUGUACAUCUGGAAGACACAGCACGAGUUCUAUAAAUUCUCAUCGGCCAGGAGGGAUCGCAAUGACUAUUGGGAGGCCAUUAAGGUUCACAAUGCCACAGUCACUGCUGCAGUUUUUGCCCCAAAUCCCUCCCUGUUUAUCCGCUCAAAGAAACUGGAAUCCAACCCCAGCAAAGAGACAGAAGAGACCCCGAGACAGGUUAUCGUUGCUGCGGACUUCACGGGUGCUAUAAAAGUAGUACUCAAUCUCGGACCUAAACCAACAUAGACUGAUAAUUAAGUUACAAAGCUUGGUGUAAUUGCUCAAUGCUUGAAGACCUUCCAACUUCCAGAAAAAUAACAUGAUUUAUGAAAUUGCUUCAUAUCAUUGUUUUAAAAUUUUGCAGAUUUAGCUUGAGCUGCCCUGAUGAAUUAAAUGUAUGUAAACAUACGUGUAUUACUUUUUCUGCAGCAUUAUUUAAAGGCCUGUACAUUUUCAUUAACCUAAAGAUAACACAGUUGAACUUUGUUAUCUUGAACACUAGUAUCUCAAAUACCAUGGAUAUAUCAGUCAUUUGGAAGUCCCAACUGUAUGUACUUUUUCUUUAUGAAUUUUAACAUCAGUAGGCCUAUCUCAAAUACCUGGCUAUUUUGAAUUUUUUUUCUUUGUUCCAUUGAGUAUGAGAUAACAAGGUUUCACUGUACGUAAAUAACAGAUAUAAAAGGUUUGACUGUACGUAAAUUACAGAUAUAAAAGAGUUUUGAUUCAUCGUACAUGUUUUAGAUCAUAUUAAUGUUAGUACAUUACGUAUAGAUUUCCAGUAAUGGUUAAAAUGUUAGCAUUUUCACAGUGUGCUCUUUUACUGACUGGUCUCAGCAAAAGUUGCAAAAACUUGUUUUUAUACACCAAACACACCUUUGAAAGGGUAUUAGUUUGGACAUGGUGCAAAUUUACUUAUUCAAGACUUCCACUGAACUAUUUUCAACAGAGAUGAUCAAAUAUUACAGCAGGAGAUUAAAAGAUCAUGAAUUUUUAAAAAUUUGUUAAUAUACAUCACUACAUGUAAAUAUAUUUAUAAGAUACUCCUUUUUAUACAAACAAGAUCUCGGGAAGUGUGUUUGUUUGUCUCUCUGUUUCCUGGUGUUUCACUAUGGACAGAUGUUAAAUACAUGUAUUGUCUUUGUAUUUUUUGAAUGAUCCUCGUAAGUCAUAUUCAUGAAUGGUGGGACAGCAUGAUUCUUUGUAAAGUCCGUGACAAACUUAAAAGAGUGGAGGUCAUGGAAUAUUUUACUGUUGUAGAACUUUGCUAGUUUUUAUGGAAGAGUGAUUAACAAAUAGAUUGUUAGUAGGUAUAAUUAUUUAUGUACCACAAUACAAAAUUUGAUGAACAAAAACUCCGAAGGAAUAAUACAUGUAUAGUGUAUAUCCAGGAACAAAAAUAUAUUUUGCUUUAUCUUGGGUGCUGACAUCCAAAUAAGAAAUAUGUAGUAUUAUUAAUACAUGUAUAUAAAGUGUUUUUAAUUCAUUCUUAAAUGAAUACAUUGUAUACAAUGGGGAAAUCCAUUGUAGAAUUCUGAGAUUUUUGACCAUCUUCAGCAAUUAUCUGUUUAGUAUAGAUCAUUAUUUUUUUUCUGUGUAACAGUAUUAAUCUUAUUUUCCUACAAUUUUAUGUAUGCAUGUACUACUAUUAAUUUUCUGAUUUUCUUGAACACAAGACGGUGGUGAAAUAAAAACUGCUGGUGAUAAAAGUAAGAAAAUUAUUUGGUGGAAUGAUUGGAGGAAAGCUGAUGAAAAUAGAGGUAGAAUGUUGUCUUCACAGUGUAUAAAACUUAUCAUUGAUAAAGUCAAACCUGUUUCUGUGAACAAUUUCAUGAUAUCCUCUAUCAUGUUUGAGAUUUUUAUACUUACUUUUGACUGAAAACGGUCCAUUUUACCUCAGAAUUUAAAUAUUUUAAUGUUAUACCCCACAUAGCUUGCACAUCUACAUGUACAUUUAGGUUUGUUGGAAAUGCAUUCUGUGUCGAUAAGUUUAAAAUACGUAUUAACUGAGUGUCCUAAUUCAGUUGAUUAGUCUGCAUAUGAUAUUACAUUUAUUUAUUAUGUAAUAUAUUUUUAAAAAAUUGUACAAAGUUGAAUUAAUUGACAUCCUUUUGAGUAAACCACAUUUAAUAAAUCUUUGUUGAGGAUCUUCAAAAUUAAAGAGACCUCAAGAUUUCUACCAGCUGACUGCUUAAAUGAAAUUUUAUGCCUUUUUCAUGAAUGUUCAUUUGGCCAUAUUUCUGUGAUAUUUUGAAAAAAAAUCUUUUAUUUUUGUAUCACUUAAGUAGUGUAGAUAAAGCGUACUCUUUAUCAAACGAGGUGAUUUUAUUUUUGUGCAAUGAAACCUCUUCGUAGGAUGAUAACACUACUUCACAAAAUAGAGAGAGAUUAUUUUUAUGUUCUAACAUGCAAUUAAUAUUCAGUUCAUUCUCAAGUUAUUAAUAUCCAAAGUUUAUGAACAUUUUAUUAGUAUCUUGAAUGAGGCAAUUCUUUCCUCGUUUAUUUUAUAAAGUAGAUUUUUUUCCUGGUGAUAAUAGGAUUUUUCAAACCAAUCAUGAAUUCAAUCAAUGUUGGAAUUAUUUCAUUUAAUUAAUGAUUCUUGUCUAUGAAAAAUAAAAAAACUCAACUUGAAUUGGAACAUUUUGUGAUAUAUUUA